GCGGUGCGGCAACAGUGCGGCGCCGGUACCGCGAACGCUCGACAACAGGACUGUUGUCGCAGUACGACAAACGCACCGCUUCGGCACCGCAGCAGGCCGUCAAGAAACGCAUAAAUUGAAAGCGCCCUUAGAUGACAUUGACAGGAGGGCGCCAUGUUGCUGCUAGAGAUACGCAAGCUGUGCAGGCACCAACCUCUGGCUGAGGUCACGGUGCACGUCACAAGGUCUUGGUCGCACUGUAUCUUUCUAUCUUUACGCCAUGUCCCGGGUGGGGAAAGCAGUACACUACCUUGAAAUACCAUUGCUCUAUCUAAUAACGGGCGGCAGGUUGCGAAGGGUGGCACGUCCAUCGCCCCUGAUUUUACCCUACCUGUAAUUACCGCUGCCCUUCUUAAAUACAACUCUGGCUACUCCCCUGAGCCGCCACUGGUUAUCAUUACACAGAUAGCAUAUUUCUCAUCUCAGGUCAUCCAGACACUGUCGUGUGUGCAUGGACCAAUAUUCCAGACGGCUGGAGUGCCGGGGGGCUGAAGAUACAAGUGUUAGAAGCUGGGAACAGCUUGAGGAUACUUUACAACGGUCUGCUAACACGGGAUGACGGGGUCACACAACACGCCCAGAUGAAUCUCAUUUGGGCAUCGGCGUCAGACGUGAUGCAGUACCCUGAUGACUGGAGCGAUCAGCUGGCGGCUGAAGCUCUUGCUAUAGAGCCGUGGAGAAAUGGCAAUUGGACAGAUAUACUGGAGAAGUGGCGGGAUGGUGGUUGGCAACAAUGGGGUGGCAUCCAAGGGCGGGUACAGUUCUCCCCAAAAGAAGGGGUGGAGGCUCGAAGCGAGUACAUUCGUACGCGGGGUCUGCGCGAGCGACGCUGGGCUCCUCUACCGGCCGGACUGCGGCGCUCUGUGGUACUUACUGCCGCGGCCAGAGAUGGCACCGCUGUCCACAUACACGCACAAUCCUACAAGCAGGUUUUGACACAGUGUACUUAUGGCACGGUCCGCUACCCGAACACAGCUGUGAAGAGCAUUACCGGCACCAGUCUACACUUGCCGGAUUUUUGUGAGCACCCUGGUUCGAUACCUAGUGUCUAUACGCUGAACGUAAACAGUCCUAAUCGUGAACUGCGGGUGGUGAUACGUCCCAUAAGCGACGGGGGUCAAUUGCAGAGUGGGGUUCCUUACCAACAGGAGACAUUUUACCGCGUGGUCUCUGUAGAAAUCGACGGUGAGCCCGGUUACGGAGUAUUAGAACUGGGCUAUUUACCUACAAAUAUUAAGGUGCCAUCGGUUCACCUAUCGCCGCCGGCUUCGCUUCGCUGGGUAGAGGCGAGCGAGUGCGGUACUGUAGGCUAUUGCUUACAGUUGGACAGCAAGGCUGCAGCCUGUCCCGAAUUUGUAGGGGGGAAGGGGGCUUCUCUCGCCUUGCUAGCGGCCGUACAAAACGCAGAAGGAUAUCGAGUGCCGCCUGGGUUCUGUAUAACAGUUAAAGCUCUAGAACAUCAUUUAGAAAUCAAUCAACAUUUGCUGCAUGCUAUCAAAGAGAUUGAGACUGCUAACGAAAAUUAUAAUGAAGCUAAUUUCAAGGGGAAAUGCGCUAAGGCAGUUGAACUUUUCUUAAAUACAGAAUUGUCGGUAGAACUUCGUGAUGAAAUUUUAAAUAAUCUGAAUGAUUUGAGAAAACAAGCCGCCAGAGAAGAUUUAGGUCCCGAAAGAUGUUUUGCUGUGAGAUCUUCGGCUGUCGGUGAAGAUAGCGAGACAUUGUCAGCAGCCGGUCAAAAUGAGACCAUAUUGGGAUGCGUGAGUGACAACGAUGUCAUUAAGGCGGUACAGAAGUGCUGGGCUUCCAUGUUUGCUUUCACAAGUGCUUAUUAUCGGAGACAGAACGGUCAGGCGUGUAUUUGCGGUGGAGGCAUCGUGGUGCAAGCGUUAGUUUCAGCUCGAGCGGCCGGCGUUAUGUUCACAAGACAUCCGAAUAACGGCGACCCAACGAAGAUACUUAUCACAGCAAACUACGGCCUCGGAGAGAGCGUUGUUUCCGGUUCAGCGGAGCCGGACACGAUCAUAAUAUCGCGUAGCCUAGACGACAGUUUGGCGAUUUCGAAAAUAGAAGUCGGGUCGAAGUUGACUCGCGUGACUACCGCGGAAGGGGGCGUGGGUACUGUGGAGGUGCCGGAGGGAGCGAGACGGGUGGCGUGCGUGAGCGAGACGGAGGCGAUGCACCUCGCGCGUAUCGCACUCGCCCAAGAACUGCUGUGGGCCGCGCCCAGGGACAUCGAGUGGGCCAUACGCAAGAAUGAGAUAUAUCUGCUCCAAGCGCGUCCGAUCACGUCCCUGGAGCGGUGGAGCAGCGAGGAGUUGUUGCACGAGUUGGACACGCCCAUCAUGGCCGACGACGAGCUCACCACUUUCGCCAACUGCGGCGAGGUAUUUCCGAAACCGAUGACUCCAUUGACUCAUGAUCUGGUGUUCGAGCCGGUAGUUAAAGGGAUGGACAAAACUGUUUCGAAAGAUAUGGGGAACUACGAGCACGCUAUGUUCAUGACGCACAACAGAUGUACGAUCGCUUUGUACAAUUUGGUGUACUACAGGGCUCCAUUGAAAUUGGAUAUAAGAGUUCGUAUGUCUGAAAUGGCUAUCCACGGACACAAGGUUGCGGACGAAGAGAUCAUUCGGAUCGCAGUGCGACGUCGCCCGCCUAAAUGGAAUAGUAAACUUACCUUGAUCUCUUUCCUUCUCAAGACUAUAUUGUCAUCGAAAUGGUGCAUGAACGACACGAUAAAAAGAGUGAAGGAAAUACAAGUGGAGACAGAGACGGAAGAUCCGCUCGAGAUCGUAGACGGCAUAAUGCAGUGGAAACAAAUGAUGGGGCGUCUUGCGAACAACCAUAGUAUUGUUAGCUCUGCCAGUACCUCUAGUCAGAUUAUAGCUAUGGCUGUGCUUCUAGAGGACAACACUGAAUUUACUCCGGAGCACUGCAACGAAAUCUGUGCAAUGCUUAGUUCUGGUGAUGUUUUAUCGGCUGAAGUACCUCUAGGUCUGGCUAAAUUAACACAGGAGAUCGAAGAAUCAGGCAAGGCGGAGUUAUUCCGUAAACAAGACCCAAAGGAGGCUAUGAAUUGGCUGCGGAAGAAUCUACCUCAUGUGCAUUUAGAUGUUUGCGUCUUCCUGGAACAACACGGCUACAGAGCUAUCAUGGAGUUUGACAUGUAUACUAAGCCUUGGAUCUUGGUGCCAGAAGAAUUAAUGAAGAUAUUACAAAAUUUAAGGGGGUCAAAUCAAGAGGCUCCGAUAGCGAGGACGGAUGCUGAAAUCAUCAGCUCCUUAACUACGCCUAGAAAGGCUCGCACUGGGAAAAUUCUCGCCUGGGUGUUGCCUCUUUGUCGGCGCACAGUUCGGCACAGAGAGUGCACCAAAGCUCACCUCAUCCUAGCCAUCCACAAGCUGCGACUGGCCGCCAUAGAAUUAGGAAAACUGAUGGUACGCAAGUGGUAUCUACCCGAUUACGAGCUCGUCUUCUUCUUCCGCUGCUUCGAAUUAAAGGAAUUUAUUCAGACACGCAAUCCAGCUUUGUUGAGAAAGGCAAUCCAACGGCAACAAUGCUUCCCGAAUUGGUGCAAGCUUAAGUUCUCAGAGUUGAAUACGGGAUGGGUGCAGCCUUUGGAGACUAAAGUCCCGCAAGUAUUAGCGGGCAGCGUGCGACUCGAGGCAACUUCAGUGGGGGGAGGGGAAGCCAUCGCGAGGGCCUGCGUCGUUAAGGAUUUGUCUGAGAUCGAUCAGUUGCAGCAGGGAGACAUACUGAUCACUUACGCCACUGAUAUCGGCUGGUCCCCAUAUUUCCCGCUGCUCUCUGGCAUCGUUACCGAAUUGGGAGGGCUCAUCUCACAUGGAGCCGUAAUAGCACGUGAAUAUGGACUACCGUGCAUAGUGGGAGCUACACACGCCACAGACAUGUUCAGAACCGGAGACAUCGUCAGACUAGUGGCAGCCACAGGAGUCAUCGAGAAAGUUGAAGUCGUCGAAGAAACCAAAGAACAGAACGGAGACUUUGUCGUCAUAAACGAUGAUAAGCAACAAACAGAUGAUUGAUGUUAUUCAUUUUGUAGUAUUAUUUAAGUAAAUUAAUAUUGUUUCUAAAGAACUUUUGUAUAUUUCCAUAAACCACCGAAAAACAAAUCAACAAUAUAAAUAUAACAAACUAAAAACUCUA